AUGUCGAAAACUAAAAUUCAAAAUUUUUGUGAAUGUUAUAAAAAAUUAAGUUUCUAUGGUAUUCCACAAAGUGAAAACGAUAAUGAAAAUACGGAUUACGAAGAAACCAGAUUAGAAAUCGAAUAUGGAAAUACACUCAAAUUUCCUAAAAAAAUUAGAAUUAAUGAUAACGUUAGAGAAUAUCCAAAUGUUGAACAUGAAGAUUUGUCUGAUGUUUUCGAACAAAUGACAAAAAUUAUUUUCGACAUGGAAGAUUUUGAAACAAACGUUUUAAGUUUUUGGAUUCUCGAUAUGUUCAUCGAAGGAUUAUGGACGGCACAAAAUGCUGGAAUGACUCACAAACAUCAAAGAGCUACACUUUUAUGGAUAGCAUAUUUUUUCAAUUACAUACAAAGAAUGAAUCCGUCUAGAGAUCAAAUGUUUGAACAUUUAAAAGAAUUAUUAUUUUCUCCUGGAGAAUAUACUCCGAAAAAUUAUACAGAAACAAUGGCUGCAGAAUCAGAAAUUUCUUCUUCUGCAAUUUAUUCAAAGAGUGACGAAGAAAACUUAUCUAUAAAUACACCAGAAACUGAAUUUUGGAAUUUACCCUUGCCACCAUUUUUAGAGGAUAUAAUUUCAGAUGAAGGAAUUUUUACACCACCACCUUAUCGUGAUCCUGAUACAAAUAUUUAUGAAUAUUCAACAUCGAAUUCUUCUUCUAGUAGUUUAACUAUUGCUGAAAAAACGAAAAGGAAUAUUAGCGACAUGAAUGUGAUUUCAGAAAUAUUAUACAGAAUAUUUGCUAGAUUUUGGGUUUACGCGGAAAUUCAAUCGAGCAUGAACGAUGUGAGAACUUUAAAAUUGGUUCAACUGCCAUAUGAAUUCAACAUUCCGAAACAUCUUCAAAAGUCUGACACUUAUUCAUUUGCAAAUUAUGAAAAGAAACAAAUAAAAAUUGAUAAAACGGGAGAAGAAAUUGAAACAGAACAAGAAUUGCAUAAAAAUAAUUACAUAUUACCACUCGAAGUAAAAAUAAUUAAAUAUUAUUUAUUUAAUAAAUUUUUUUUUUUUUUCGAUUUCAAAAAAUUGUAUUUUUUUUUUUUUUAUUCACCUAUUUCCUUUUUUUUUAAAGUUUUCUCAAGAGGCAAAUUAUGCUAA